GCCUAUGGAGUUAUUAUUAGGGAGAGGCACCACAGUAACACAUGCUGUGCCAUGAUGUAACAGCAUCACAGCAGUACUUAAAGAGGCAUCUCUUCCCCCCGACUCUACUGCAUCCUGACCAUUCAUCCCACCACUUCCAGAAAACCAUCUGGAUCUUGUCACUUAAAGAGGCAUUUCAACUUUUUUACACAAAAUCACGGACUUGGAGUAUGAUCUUAAAACUCAUCAUUUCUGAAAGACCUUCUAUGGAAAAUCAAGAAAACCAAUUUAAAGCUGGUACAAAGUUCAGCCAAAGAGACACCUUUAGAGAAUCCUGAUCUCUAACGCUUCCAUCUUUAACUGCUCCAAUACAAAUUUUGAAGGAGCUUCUUGUCCUGUCCACAUAAAAAAAACUAAAUCUUCUUAUUGAUUGAAAGAAUUGUGAAAAAUGGUUGGAUUUGGACCUGCAGAUGUGCCUACAUCAGCAGCUGUAAAGUUUGUGGGAGCAGGAACAGCAGCUUGCAUUGCUGACCUGAUCACUUUUCCAUUAGACACUGCCAAAGUGCGGCUGCAGAUCCAAGGAGAAGCUAAAGCCCCUGCAGAAGUGGGUAAAGUCCCCAUCAUGAGGUAUCGUGGAGUGUUUGGCACCAUCAUCACCAUGGUGCGCACAGAGGGACCUCGGAGUCUUUACAGUGGACUGGUUGCAGGACUCCAGAGGCAGAUGAGCUUUGCUUCUAUCAGAAUCGGCCUCUAUGACUCUGUUAAACAGUUUUACACUAGAGGCUCUGAUCAUGUUGGCAUCGGCAGUCGGCUGCUUGCAGGAUGUACCACAGGUGCCAUGGCGGUUGCUUUAGCUCAACCUACAGAUGUGGUAAAAGUCCGCUUUCAGGCACAGGCCAGGUCUAGUGAGCAUGCUAGACGCUACUGUGGCACUAUUGAUGCUUACAAGACCAUUGGGAAGGAAGAAGGGAUUCGUGGUCUGUGGAAAGGUACAGCUCCAAAUAUUGCGCGCAAUGCAAUUGUUAACUGCACAGAAUUGGUCACGUAUGACUUCAUUAAGGAAAUGCUUCUCAAGUCAACACCACUAACUGAUAACCUGCCCUGCCACUUUCUAUCAGCCUUUGGUGCUGGACUAUGCACAACUGUGAUAGCAUCUCCUGUGGAUGUGGUCAAGACAAGAUAUAUGAAUUCUGCAGUCGGCCAGUACAGCAGCGUCCUUAGCUGUGCUGCUGCCAUGAUGACCAAAGAGGGCCCACAUGCCUUUUAUAAAGGAUUCAUGCCAUCUUUCUUGCGCCUUGGCUCCUGGAAUGUGGUGAUGUUUGUAACAUAUGAGCAGCUGAAACGAGCCAUGAUGGCUGCAAAUCACAGCUGUACAGCUUCCCUGUAAUCAAUAAUAUCUAUCUGAAGG